CCUGGAGAGCGGGAGGCGGCGGGGCGGGGCGGCAGGUGCGGGGAUGCGGGCGGAGCGCGGGUAGCCGAGCCCCGCGUCCAGGGCGCCCCGUGCGGCGAGCGCGCGGCAUGUCGCAAGGGCCCCCGGCGGGCAGCGUCCUGCAGAGGAGCGUGGCGGCGCCUGGGAACCAGCCGCAGAGCCCCGAGGACGAGGACAGGAAGGUUCGAAGGAGAGAGAAAAACCGGGUUGCCGCUCAGAGGAGCCGGAGGAAGCAGACUCAGAAGGCUGACAAGCUCCACGAGGAGCAUGAGGGCCUGGAGCAGGAGAACGCUGCGCUGCGCAGGGAGAUUGCGAAGCUGAGGGAGGAGCUGCGGCACCUGAGCGAGGCCCUGAGGGAGCACGAGAAGAUGUGUCCGCUGCUGCUGUGCCCCGUGAACUUUGUGCAGGUCCGGCCCGACCCUGUGGCCAGCUGUCUGCCACGAUGACACCCCAGCUCGUCCUCCUCUGUCCUCUCAGAACCUUGGGUUGCACACCUACUCACCUGUGUCCAGUGAUACCUGUGGCUGUGCCCCUGCGGGGAGCUCUGGGGCUAGCCUGGGCUCAGUGUUGUGCUCUGGGGCACCUGACUUGGAGCCCCACAGCAGUGGGCCAGAAGGCCCUGGAAGGAAGGCCGCCCUCGGCAGCUAGCUGGCCCUGUCCUUAGGCAGGGCCUUUUCACCUAGAAUUUGGGUAAUAAAGAUAGUUUCUGUGU